UUAACUUGAUUACAAUUUCUUAUUCAAUCUAAUUAUUUGAGAGAGUAAUUGUGUAUAGUCUCGUUUUCUUUUCGACCAUAUGUUACCAGGCUACUUAACUUGUCUGGUCAUUGUCUGUUUUUUUGUGUUUUGUUUGUUUGUCUAUAUAUUGUCUCAAUAGCAGCCCAGAGUUUUGAUGUGGACAAGCCGACUUGUAUUGAAACGGCAGCUAAAUGACAAAUCCAUUUAACCAGCUAACUAGCUAAUCGUUUAGCUAGCUUGUUGUGGUUAAUAGAUAUGGUGACACAUGCGCUUUAAAGGGAUAGUUGACCCGAAAAUGAAAAUGAUCUCAUCAUUUACUCACCCUCAUAUCAUCUCAGAUGUGAAUUACUUUCUUUCUUAUACGGAACACAAACAAAUAUUUCUAGAAGAAUAUUUCAGCUCUGUGGGUACUUUACAAUGUAAGUGAAUGGUGACCAGAACUUUAAAGCUCCAAAAGCACAUAAAGACAGCAUAAAAUUAAUCCACAAGACAAACGAUAUGAAAGGUGUGUGUGAGAAAAAUAUCAAUAUUUAAUUCCUUUUUACUAUACACUGAUCAGCCACAACAUUAAAACCACUGACAGGUGACGUGAAUAACAUUUAUAAUCUUGUUACAAUGGCACCUGUCAAGGGUUGGGAUAUAUUCGGAAGCAAGUGAACAGUCAGUUCUUGAACUUCAUGUUGUUGGAAGCAGGAAAAAUGUUGGGUGUUCCCAGUAUGCAGUGCUCCAAGGAAAGACAACUAAAGAACCAGUGACAGGGUCAUGGGCGCCCAAGGCUCAUUGAUGCACAUGAGGAGUGAAGGCUAGCCCGUCUGAAAAAAAAAAUGUUGACCUCCAAAUUCCCCAGAUCUCAAUCCGAUUGAGCAGAUGUGCUGGACGGACCAAUAAGUCCGAUCCAUGGAGGCCCAACCAUGAUACUUGCACACUCCACAGAACUUGGCAGGGGCGAAAGGACAUGGACUUAGUGUCCUCCCCACUCUUAAAGGCACCUAGUUGUUGAGCGGGGUUGUGCUGUAGUAAAGACACCUCCGCUUAAAGCUUUGAAGCUUCACAGGUCUGGCCACCAUCGCAUUGUAUGGACCUACAGAGCUGAAAUAUUCCUGGUUGGAAGAAAAUUACAUUAGCAUAUCCAUGUGGUUUAACUUUGACAAAUGUUUGGUACAGUUUAUUGAUUCUCAGGAAACCUGUCCAGAAAAUGGUCUGGUCCUAUUUUACCACACAAUCAAUAGAAACAAGUAAGAAAUUAUAUUUGCAUAUAGAAAAAGUAGAUUUUAGGGCUAUUGAGAUUUUUUUUUUACAUUGACAUUAUUUUCAUGACCGAUGCACACAUUUUACAACAGUUCAACAGCAUCUUUUUACUGUAAUAAAUAUAGGUUUCAUUUUCAUUAUGCAAAAAAUAAAUAAAUACAUUGUUCAGAUACUCCCACCCCAACUAAUGCCAUUGGUUGAGUAACAUUGUUGGGGUGGGUCUCUUAAAACAAGAGGAAUUUUAAAAUGCCAUAGACAAUUUUUUUUUUUAGUUUUCAAGAAAAUUAAACUGUAAAUGGCUUGCUUAGUUGUUUCUGCAUAUUCAGCUGGAAUAGAAGUAUUUUUUAACAAAAAAGUUACAUCAGCUUUGACUAUAUAUAUUGGGGGGUAAAUAUAACCAGGAUAUUUUCUUGACCGGUUUCAUGAGAAUCACCCAGUCUAUCUCUAAAAACGAUGUAUCUCUAUUACAUUGUCGUUCAGCUUUCCAUCAAUCACACAGGCAGUUUUCAGUCUGCUGGUCAUGGCUAAAGACCCGCUGGCAGAGGCUGGUCUUCAUUUUGAUGAAUUCAACAAACUACGAGUACUUGAGCCUGACGUGAGCCAGAAAACUACAGAGCUCAAAGAGGACUGUGAGGACUUUGUUGACAAGAUUGGCCAAUUUCAGAAAAUUGUAGGUGGACUUAUUGAACUUGUGGAUGAACUAGCAAAGGAAGCAGAAACCGAAAAAAUGAAGGCCAUAGGUGCCAGAAAUUUGUUGAAAUCGGUUGGAAAGCAACGUGAGGCUAAACAGCAACAGCUUCAAGCUCUGAUCACAGAAAAGAAAAUGCAGUUGGAAAGAUAUCGAAUAGAAUAUGAAGCUCUUCAAAAAGUGGAAGCAGAGCAGAAUGAAUUCAUUGACCAGUUUAUACUGCAGAAAUGAAAGUGCUGUUUGCUUUCAAGAUUCCACUAUUUUUUCAAUAACAUCUUGUCUAUUGGACAACAAAAG